UAGCGGUAAGCGCGCGAUCAUCGCUUUGUUGUCUUUCAUGUCCGGACUGCUUAUUUCCCAACUUAUCGGUAACGGCUGCCAACAUAUCGGAAUUCGAAACGACUCCCCGAUCUUGGUUCCAACUCACAGAGUGGUCGUUCCAACUCACAGAGUGUCCGUGGCUCCAACAAAGGUCGUGGCUCCAACAUGUACAGCACCGGUCUGCCCUUUGAAGCUGAGAGUGGUGGGGAACUGUUCUUGCAUCGAUCUACAGUCUCAACUGGCCAAGUGUCAGAGUCGCAAAUUCGUCACAAAGUUUGAAACCAGCCAUGUUCCCAUGAAAAAGACAUUCAAGAAAAAACAUGAUAGUCGCAGGAAGUUUUUCCUCGACUGUGGCGCAAAUGUCGCCUCCAGUGUUCAACUCUUCAGAGAGACGUAUCCUAACGGCCAUGAAUAUGUCAUUCACUCCUUUGAGCUGGACGAACGGCUGGCUCCGUAUUUUGCACCAUAUCCUGACCACGUGUUGCACUGCCCAGUGGCUGUCUCGGACAACGACGGCACCAUGACGGCAUUUUCGGAGUCUGCCUGGGCUCCCGAUAAAGGGAAGAACAACAACAUAGACAUGCAGUGGGGAGGGGGGACACUCUACGUGGACGAAAAGGAGAAAAAAGACAAUGUUUCUGGAGGAAAGAGAAAGCUGUCCCACCGCAAGACCGUACCCACAGUUGACCUGUCACAGUGGAUACAGCGGAACUUCGCAAUAGACGACCACAUAAUCUUCAAGCUGGACGUGGAGGGAGCAGAAUACACCAUACUGAAGAAAAUGCUGCAAGAAAACACAUUUCGCUGGAUUGAUAAGUUUUACGGGGAGUUUCACCCAGAUCAACCAGUCGGCUGGAGUAAAGAGCAAAAGAGCAAAUUGAAGGAGGAUCUGAAGAAAAACAAAAUAAACCAAGUCAGUUGGGCGGCAGAGACGCACAAGUACGGAGAUAUGGACAAACUGCACAAAUCACAGGUCCCACCCGAGACUCCGGGGUCUGCAGGUAAUGUCUAUACCUCCUGCGGGCCUAGCAACUCGUCCGUUCCCGCCCGGGUAGCCCUGGUAGUGCAGAUCGGCAUGAACGCCAAGAUGGCCCACAGGCUGAUCGACACCAUCCAAGCUUACCCAUCGCACAUCCCUCUCAGUUUGUUUGUGCACGGCGACUUUGCAGAGCUGUUUCCAGAUAUGGUGCUGCACUGGUCCAUCAACCACACCAUCGGAGUCCGAGAGGGACACCCCUACCCACCCGGACACUUCGACAUGGUACAUCCCAACUGGAUUCGCACCAACCUCAUCAUGAGUGUCCUGAGGUUACAGGAACUUGACAUUCAGCCAGCCUACUACCUACCAGUGAAAGUCAACGACCAAAUGAAAGAUGUUGCUAAAAAAACGGACCUACGAAUUGUACAGCCGACUGUCGCAUUUCCACCUGCAUCAGGCACCCUCCUGACGUACAAGAACUACUACCGCUUCAGAGACGUGGAACGGGUUCCCAAGGCGUUACGGAUCAUCAGUAGCGCCCUGGGAAAAACAGGGGGAAUUCUGGUCCUGGACUCAGACCAUCCGGACAGCUACAUGAACUCCGUGUUCCUCCUGGACUAUCUGGUGGAGAAUUCCGGAUUCCAGUUAGUUAGGAUAGAAGACUGCAUUGCGGGUGUAUGAGUCUUAUUUCUCGCAACUUAAAUAUAUCAGCUGACCCAGAGCACUAGUUGUUUAAUAACAAUAGACGCAGAAGAAGAUUCGUUAUUGACUCAACAAAAAGUAUAGGGAUUUUUAUAUGGUCUUCUACAACUAAAGAUCUAACAAAGCUAAAUACAUUGUAUGAAUAACGUCAUCCUAUGUACAGAAUAUAUGUAUGGGGAAAAUGAGUAGCUUGUUUGUUAACUUGAAUUGGAGUCAUGACAUUGUUGAC